AUGCUUAGCUUGAUCUUGUUCUUCCUACUAUCUAAAGUUGACCAGGUUCUCCGGAAUGUGAAGGCAGCCUUGGACCUCUACCCGAAGGAUCGGAAAAGUUCCUAUCUCAAUUAUUACCCGAACACCGAGAUCCCGGCUAUGCCUGAACACUUGGAGGUUAUCGAAGAGGUGGCAGAUGAAGAUAUGCUCGAGGAGAAUGAGCUACCAGAAGAAUUAUAUUAUGCCCCAAUAUCUAGGAGAGAAUCUUUUUCUGGGGACGAGCAGUGGGUCCCAGGGGUUAGAGAGCCUUAUCAGCCGGAUCCGUUAUUGUAUGACACAGAGUCUGAACGUUCAAGCCAUACUCCUCCUCGGGCACAGUCAAAUGAGUUCGACUCAUUUGAGACACCUCGACCAAGGCGAAUUCUAGCGCCUGGCCAGGAACCAAGUCAACCAACACCGUUUUCGCCUACUAGGAAAAAACGUACACGGGGUACAUCACCUGAAGGUGACUCGGGCGAUGAAUCGGAAGCCUCUUCAAUGGAGGUGUCCCCAACUGAUAGUAGCGGUGAUCAACUUUCAACGUUGCCAACAGUUCAAAGCCUUGUCGCAGCCGCGGCCGGUCCCUCAUCUGAUGGUCCAACACCACACCAGGAUCAGCUGAUUGACUUUGGGGUUCCUCACAACAAAAGACGUCGCAGGCAUUUAAAGGUGCCUCAAGAGGCGAAAAUUGUCAUUUCUAAUGAGAAGUUAAGGAAGCAGGUUCGCACUUUGCAGCAUUUAGUGCACACUACAGAAGCAGGAGAAGUAUUGAAAGUAAGACAAGAGAAGGCCGUUCUGCAAUCGGGUCUUCAGAAAGCCACCACUCUAAUAUCUUCACAAGCGGACCGCACUGCUGAUGUCUCUUCGGAACGAGACGAUUUUGAAGUGAAGUACAACACUGCAGAAAGUGAACUAGAGGAUGCCAGGUUAGAGCUAGCAGCGGCCCAGAACGACAUAAACACUCUUUCUGCCGAUGUCGAAUUGAAAGACAAAGUUAUAUCUGAUCUCAAUGUCUCUUUGAAGUCAAAGACCGAAGAAAUUUCCAAAUUAAACGAAAUGGUGCAAGCAAGGGACAAAGAUCUCUUUGAUAAGGAUGUUGAGCUCCGCAAACUCAAGUCCGAUAUGAUCUCAGUUGAAGCCAAGAAGACAUCAGACUUUGACAUUCGGAAUCUCAAGGAGGAAUUACAAGAAGCAAAUCGUCAAAUACAACUGCUGAUCAAGACAAAGGAAACACAGAUCGCUUAUAAAAACGAGGUUGACGAGCUACGCAAAACUCUGGAGGUCGAUCGAGAACUCUUCGCCGAAGAUUUACUGAUGCACACCAAGGAGUUAGAACUAGUUGAAGUGGCUAAAAAUCGAGCACUGUCGGAGACCGAAGAGGCGAAAAAGGCAAUUGCAGAUUCUGAAGCUCGAAUUUCAAAAGCUAAAAUCAUGGAGGAAAAUGCUACCGAAGCUACGACCAGAGCAAAUGAAUCGUUGAAAGCCGCAUCCCAAGAUUUACAGGAAGCCAGGAAAUUGUGUAGUGCUGCAGAAGAAGCGAAGAUUGCUACCGAAACUUUGAAGGCACAGAUCCUUUCUGAAAAAUCGUCUGUGGAGGCUUUGAAACGUUCAGCCGAGGAGUUGCAGAAGAAAGCAUCUGAAGAGAUGAAAAAGGCAAACCAAUUGAGGGUACAUUACACAAGUUGUAUGGCGUCUCUGGAUAACUUGAUUGCAAAAGAAAGAAAUAACCAUGACAACUGUUCUGGAUUUCAGAGAGCUACCCAGGAAGCCUCGGCGCAGAUUGCAGAACUGAAAGCAAAGCUAAAUGAUGCAGAAAUCAAACUCAAAUCAAUGACGGCCUCCGUCAAUGCAAAUAAUGGGCCAAUGGUUGUAGACUCCAUUAACACCAGUAAGGGUAAAGAAAAGGCACCCACCGACGCUCCAAUGGUUGUAGACUCCAUUAACACCAGUAAGGGUAAAGAAAAGGCACCCACCGACGCUCCAAUGGUUGUAGACUCCAUUAACACCAGUAAGGGUAAAGAAAAGGCACCCACCGACGCUCCAAUGGUUGUAGUAAGGCAAAUUUUUCCUUCUAGAUUGUUACCACAAUCUGAUACACUUCGCAAGGAUCGUGAGACGGAUAUCCCAAGCAGAGCUGAUGUGCAGACGCAAAUUCGCCAAAACUUUCUCUCAAAGUACAAGUCUAUCAAACCUUUAGUGAGGUUAGGCCAUAGCAGCGCCAGCUCUGGUCCGAGCGUUACACGGCCAGUCAAUGAGGACGAAGAUGAUCCUAAGGAAGGGGGGAACAGACAGGGUCUCCAAAAUAUUUCGAAGAAUAAAGCUAGCCAGUCGACCAUUCCGGCCAAUUUCCCUGUUCGUAGUGGGAAGGGAUUACAUAUUUACGAUAUUGAGGACGAGGAGAUGUCAGACACACAGCGCGCAAAAGGUGACGAUGAUGACGCUAAUGGAGAUGACGAGAACAAUCAAGAGGGCGAAGAGGAUGAAGAGGACGAAGAGGACGAAGACGACGAAGAGGACGAAGAGGAAAGGGCUGUAACCAGUAUCCUCACCAGAACAGGUUCUGCUUCCGCACCGAAAGGCCGGUACUCAAGCAAUGUGUCGUUUAUGAGGGAAGCCAAGAAAGGAACAAGGGGAGGAAAAGGUGCAUUAGAGAAGGAUGAUAAGGAAGUGCGAAAACAAUACCUUGCUCUUGUUCGAAGCGUUGUGAAGCGUAAGUUUGGUAUAGAACGAGACGCGGAUUUUGUCAAUCACAUACCACCAAGUCCCGGCGACAUUAUUCGAUUCGAAACCACGAAGAGCCCAGAAGAUGGCCCACAAAUAGCAGACCUUCGUAUUGAUAUGAAAGGCGAAAUAUCCAGCAAAUGGAACGAAGAACUCGUAUCUAUACUGGUUACAUUUGCAACCAACAGAAAGGUCUCACAAUUCCCAGAUCUCCCUCAUCGGCCUCAAGACUACCUAGCUCAAAUGUUCUUACAAAAGCUGGAGCGCGCAAGAACCUUUUGGAGAAAUCACCAGCCCAAGGCUACCGAACUGGGAACAAUAGAAACCGACGCCGAAAGGAAAGCAAGAGUGGAGGCAAAAAGGAAAAAAGAUGAGAAAAGGAAUCGAAGGAAUAGUAGACGUGCAAGUAAAUAUACCGAUCGUUUGUUCACAGUACAGAGGAUGAUCGAAGAAAGCGAGAAAAGGGGCGACACUGCGAUGUUUAACUUAUGGAGCCGUUUGCUAUCACUUCUCGAGGCCCUAGAGGAAGAUGGAAUGAGCUCGGAGGACUCUGAAGCCAACGAUGGGGAUACCGUAUAUCAUGUCCGGCAGAUGUCGUAUCGUCGCAACGUCGACAGGCACAUGGAACUCAUCGACACUGAAACAAAGCGUUAUAGACGCAAUGUCUCCACUCAAGGCUCGAACAAAUCUCGAAGAAUCAGAGGAGAAGAUUUACCGUCGCUUCGCAAACCCUUCAUAGGGAAACCAAGAUCACUUUAUGGCCCAGCCUGGAUAAAGCAGCAGACACAGACGACCAUUAACAGGUUGAAAAUCCCUGAAAAACACCCAUUCAAAUUUUUCGAGAUCAAGGUGCCGGACCCGAGUGCAUGA